UCGAUGAAGCAGCCGUUGGUAUUAGGAAUAAACUGGCAAUUGCAAUGAAGACUCAGUCCCUUGACCAGCCAUUGUACCUAAAUCUUUACAACUUCAAUACAGUGUCUGCUCAGGACUGCCCGUAUGUUCUGACUAGCCCACGUUCCUUAGAGGCAUGCCGCAAAGCAGGUUACAAGCCAGUGGAACUCCUGUACAAGAGUCUUCAGGAGUAUCACGACGACCUUGGAGCAGGAACUUCUACCGAAGCAUACCAACUAUAUGCAGACCAGGAACAGGAGAGAAGAAAAAAACUAGAAAAAUGCCGUGCAAUCAGAAAAGAACUCAUGAUUCAAACAGGAUCACUGAAGGAGAAUUCACCACCCUUGUCAUCUACUGAUGACCAAAAGAAAAUCAAAACCUUAGUUCCUUCAGUUCCUAAAGAACAACUAGACAAAGAGAAUGCACCACGGGCAACAGGAAUUCAAGCGUCAGCACUAAAGGCAUUAGAAAACAAUCAGAAUAGUGAUCAGAAACAUGAAGAGGUUGAUAUAUCAUAUUUGACUGGCGAAACAACAUUCACGUCUGAUUCAACCAAUAAGAGAGAAUCUACAUCAACUUCUUCAUCAAUCAACCCCAUUUCACCAGACAUCAGACGCAGUAAGAAAAGUGCUGGAAAAUGCAAGAGUUUUUCCAUCCCCCCACAUUUGCAACUUGGAAGUUCAUCUUCAGAAAUCUCAUCCAUUUCCUCGACAUCAACAACAGUAAAAGUGAACAAAAGAAACACCCGACUGAGCAGCACUCAUUUUGGUAAAUCAGGUAGCAGAACUUCAGUCAAGCACCUGCAAAAAUUCAGCUCUUUGUCUUCAUCUGCCAGUUCACAUGGAGCCAACAAGUACAAAAUAAAAUGUACAAAUCUGCCCAAAAACCGAAACGGUCGUGAUUACAGAACUGCAACUAACUAUGAUUCUAAUCACACAAGCUGCAGUAGCAGCAGAGACAGCACUACAACUCCAAUAAAGAGAAAACAGGUGUCCUUCAGCUAUAUCACCACAGAUGACUUACACCUGCCUGAACAUGAUCGCCGUAUCCUUGAGUCAAUGGCCUUCAAAAAAGAGACUGAGAGAGAAAAUGACGAGUUUGCAUAUCAGGCCCAUCAGCUCUGGGAGGAGGACAGAGAGCAGAGAGCACAACAAAAUAUUGUGGAGAUGGCACAGUGGAGACAGUCAGUGGCAGAAAAGAGAAGAAUGGAAAGUAUCGAAAACUCCCGUAAAAUGGAGGAGAUGAAGCAGAGUCUUCGGCAGUCACAACAGCAGCUAGAAUGCAGAAUUCGCAAAAAAGAAGAAUCUGCUAUGAAGUUACGCCACGCUGUACAGGAACGAAAGAUGAGUAAAGUAGAAGAACGCAAUCAGUCUGCUGCAAAACGUCGGGCUGAAGCAGAGGCAGCAUGCCAACAGCGAGAGCUGGAAGCAGCCCAAUGGCAACAAAUGCUGGAUGAGCAACAGAAGCUACGGCUUGAGAGAGCAGAAACUGCAAGGCUGCAACACCAAGAGACUUAUCGCAGGAGAGUUGCCAGUGCUAAUAGGGUGGAAGAAAUCCGCCAUCAAGAAUGCUGGCAGCAGAUGCAAGAAGAAACCAAGGCAGCACUGCAAGAACUGCGCAGACUCUGUCGAGAACGGGAAGAACAUGCACAAGAAAAUUACAAACAAAUUCAGCAAGAUCGUAACAAGCAACUCAAGGGGCAGAGUUUAGAACGAUCCAUCAAGUUUCAACAAGUUCAUCAGUUACAUGAUGAGCUUGACCUUGGCCUGAAGAAAUGGCAGGAUCAAAUACUAGCCUUGCAGCGGAAGGCAACACGGCAAGCAGAAGCUAAAGCAACACACCAUUUGGACAGCAAGCGACAGAAAGUUGAGAAUGAGAACAGGGCAAGGCGGUUGCACCAUAUACACCUCAUGGACAGGAUCACUCGUGAAGACAAAGCUCGAGUGUGCUACAUCCAAGAGCUCAUAUCGCGGAAGGAGGCAAAAAUGAAACGGAUGGCUAAGGAGCGUGAUAUGGCCAUUAGAGAGUCCCGUCUGCAGGCACAGACAACAGCUGAUCUUAGGGAACAUAUUAGGAGAACCUUAUCACCAGAGACAUUUGACCGAAAGGCAGCACGGGUUGCUCUGGAGAUGAGAAUUGCUGGUCGUCCUCCUACUGCAAGCCCUCCAAUGAACAGAUCUCACAUCUUCCUGGGCUGAAUGUUAUUUUAAUGCUCUUGUAUUUGGCUUUGUUGCUAUAUAUAUAUAUAUAUAUUUGCUAUGAACCACUGAUUAGAUAAGGAAUAGGAAAUAUUGUCUAGUUACAUCUGGGAAAACAAUACAAACAACUGAAUGAUUCUCUACCCAAGAAGCUGUAAGGAUGUGGUGGUUUGUGACUUCUGUUUUUAUGUUAAAGGUGUUGGUAACAUGUUGCGGUAGGUAGCCUUGAUAAAAUAAGAAAUUAAGAAUUCCCGAUAGUUUCAUUAUAUAAUAGGUGCCAGGGUAGCAUAGUGUGCAUAGCAACUGGCUACAGGCUGGAUGACCAAGGAGUUGGAACUCAAGUCCCAGUAGGAUCAAGAAUUAUCUCUUCUCCGCAUCGUCCAGACUGGCUCUGGGACCCACCCAGUUUCCUAUCCAAUGGUUACCAGGGGAUCUAUCCCCGAGAGUAAAGCUGCCAGGGUGUGAAGCUGACCACUCACUUGCAACUAGUGCCAAGGUCAUGAAAAUGUGGAUCUAUAUAACCACUCCCCCAUACCACAGGGACAACUUAAUCUUUUUUCACCUUCAUUAUACAAUAUGAUGAAACCUGCUUAUUUUUUUUAUUGCUAGUGGGGUGGGACUAAGUCCCUUGCACUGCAGUCACUUCUGGCCUAUUGUAC